AUCUCAACCUUCUCCUCCUCUUACUUGCUUUUUCUCCUUUUCUGUCGACGACUUCUCUGACAACCUCCUCUCUUUCUGCACAACAAUGAGCUCCCACGACAACGAAGAACUUAUCGACUACGAGGAUGAGCACGACGUUAUCCCCAACGGCACAGCUUCUGCAGCUCCUGCCAACGGGGCGGCGGCGUCCUCAGUGGAUGGUGAGAUGGGCAAAGACAAGAAGAACUUCUCGGGAAUACAUUCGACGGGCUUCAGGGACUUCUUGUUGAAACCUGAACUUCUGAGAGCUAUCAGCGACUUGGGUUUUGAACAUCCCUCAGAAGUCCAACAAGAAUGCAUUCCUCAGGCUGUCCUAGGAAUGGAUGUCCUCUGCCAAGCAAAGUCCGGGCAUGGUAAGACGGCAGUCUUCGUGCUUGCGACUUUGCAGCAACUGGAGCCAGUCAAUGGAGAAAUUUCUGUCAUUGUCCUCUGCCACACUCGCGAGCUCGCUUUCCAGAUAAAGAAUGAGUACACACGUUUCGCCAAGUAUAUGCCAGAUGUGCGGGUUGGCACGUUCUACGGCGGUACUCCCGUUCAAAAGGAUGCGGAGAUUCUCCGUGACAAGACGCGCUGUCCUCACAUCGUCGUGGCCACUCCCGGACGACUCAAUGCCCUGACAAGAGACAAAGUUUUGGAUGCAAAGAAUGUCAAGCACUUCAUUUUGGAUGAGUGCGAUAAAAUGCUAGAACAGCUUGACAUGCGCCGAGACGUUCAAGAAAUCUUCCGUGCCACACCUCACCACAAGCAGGUGAUGAUGUUCAGCGCCACGCUAGCGAAAGAAAUUAGGGCCACGUGCAAGAAAUUCAUGGCAAAUCCUUUGGAGAUUUUUGUUGAUGACGAGACGAAGUUGACUCUACACGGUCUACAGCAACACUACGUGAAACUCGAUGAGAACGCAAAGAACAGGAAGUUGAACGAACUACUAGACACCCUAGAGUUCAACCAGGUGGUCAUCUUCGUCAAAUCGGUCGCAAGAGCAGUCGAGCUGGACAAGCUUUUAGUCUCUUGUAAUUUCCCUAGUAUCAGCAUCCAUUCAGGCUUAGCUCAAGAGGAGCGUAUAAAUCGCUACACUGCGUUCAAGGCCUUCGAAAAGCGCAUCCUUGUUGCAACUGAUAUCUUUGGUCGUGGCAUUGAUGUCGAACGGGUCAAUAUCGUGAUCAACUACGACUGUCCACCAGAUGCGGACAGUUACCUUCACCGCGUCGGUCGUGCAGGUCGUUUUGGAACGAAGGGUCUAGCGAUUACAUUCCAAUCAAGUGAGGCAGACCAACAAGUUAUGUCUGCCAUCCAACAACGGUUUGAGGUCGCUGUACCUGAGCUUCCCGACCACAUUGAUCCCGCUACUUACAUGACGUCUUAAUUUCGUAUACACGCCUGUUCAGUAUUGUUUCCUCGUAUCCCUCCUCCCAAACACCCCUCGCUUGUCUCAGCAUAUGUAAUGUUAUUUUAGUGGGUUGUCGAGUUCAUCGUUGUGCUUUCUAUCUCUUGAUGAAAUCCAAGUUCGGUGUAAGUUCUCAGUACGUUGUUCAGGUUGCAAGUACUGUAGAUCAGUGCUACGUUUUCAACGAAACUUGAGCGUUCGAGUGAAAUGUUGACAUUUCAAGAGCAGGAACGAGAAACUCAGGUACUGUCUAUGUUGCUGUAUUAGUUGUGAGUCGUGACACCUAUAUUUAUCCGGUAAUGGGUGGCUUAGACAA